GCGACAAGGAAGUGACAUCAAUGCUGUGUACGGGCCGUGUGUCCCCUCUGCUGGUUAGUGGACAGCUGCUCCAAGUAAGGCAUCUUGUGACUUCCGUGUUUGCUGUCGCCUCAGGAAAGAUACAUAUUUUUACGUGGCAUACAAGUGUUAAAGAUGGCUAUGGUAAAGAGUGGCUGGCUCCAUCGACAAAGUACCAUAUUGCGUCGGUGGAAAAGAAACUGGUUUGACUUAUGGGCUGAUGGACGGCUGGUGUUCUACAAUGAUCAACAACGGCGUGACUUGGAGGACGACAUCCACAUGAGGGUCAACUGCAUUAACAUCCGCAGCUCUGCCGCAUGUCAGGAUCUGAACCCACCGGAGGGGAAGAAGCGCGAUUCCCUGCUCCAGAUAGUGUGCAGAGAUGGACGGGUCAUCAGUCUGUGUGCAGACAGUGCAGACGAUGCUCUGGCAUGGACCAUGGCGCUCCAGGAUGCCAGAAUUAAUACGGUGGUCGCUACUCCUCAGAUUGGGUUUGCACAGGAAGUGACGGCGUCGGCUCCUCCACCUUACUCAGAAUAUGCUCCCCCACAGGUGUAUGCCCCAGGCCCCUAUGGAGACUAUGUUGCACCUCCUCCACAUGCCACACAGAUUGUAUACUCUGCUGAUGGGCAGCCCUAUGCUGUUGCUUAUCCUUACCAGUACCCAGGUGGGUACGCUGCUCCUGGAGUGAACCACGUCAUCAUCCGAGAGCGUCAGCGCGACGACGGAGGAGACGUGGCUCUGGGCAUGCUCGCUGGAGCAGCAACUGGUCUAGCACUCGGCUCUCUCUUCUCUGUCUUCUAGUUGGUGACUAGUGUACAUUCAUGAUUAGCACACACUUCCCCUGUAUUCACAGCCUGUCUUCUCCGUGCCAUCACAUGAGUUGAAUGAAAUGUGUCUGCUGGGCUACAUCUAUGAAGCAUGACUGUGAUGGGAUUUCUCUCUAUAUAUAUUAAUAUAUAUAUUAAUAUAUACACAUGCGAUAUACAUAUAUAUACACAUACACUGAUUCAUCGCAACAUUUAAACCACCUUCCUAAUAUUAUGUAGGUCUCCCCUGUCCCUCUAGGAGAAGUCUGACUCAUUGGACACAGGUCUUCUGAGGGUGUCCUGUGGCGUCUGGCUCAAGGAUGUUGGCAGUAGGAGUCUCUGGGUCUGUGGGUUAAGGGGAGGGGCCUCUGUGGAUUGGACUUUUUCCAGCACAUCAGUUUAGUAUCUAUGUACUUUCAAGGCCAGAUAAACGCCUUGGUUUAUUUUUACCGUUUUUGUAGCUGUGUGGUCUGGCAGUCUGCGUUGCCAUGCUAGAGAUGCUGCUCUCUGGGAGUGGAGUUGUUACUGAAUGGGCGUUCCUGGUCAGGAUCAAUAUUUAGGUGGUGGUACAUGUUUAAGUAACAUCCACAAGAAUGUCAGGUUCAACACUGUAAUGUUGGAUAUUGAUGAGAGUUAUUCACCUCACCCGUAAGUUGUGUUAAUGUGGCUGAUCAGUGUAUUACAUCGAUCAAUCGUAACAUUAUGACCACUUGCCUAAUAUUGUGGAGUUUCUCCCUUUUGGCAUUAAGACAGUAACCCAUCAAGGCCUCAGACAGCUGAAUGUUUGGUAUCUUGCACCGAGUCUUUAAGUCUUGUAAGCUAUGCGGUGGGGCCUCCAUGGAUCGGACUUGUUUGUCCAGUACACUCCAUGUAUGUUUGACUGGAUUAAGAUAUGAUGAACGUGGAGGCUAAGUUAAUACCCUGGACUCGUUGUUGUAUUCCUCAAACCGUUGAAAAGAUUCACUGCCACUAGAGAAUCUGUUACAACGAAACGAUGUAUCUGGUCUGCAGCAAUGCAUAGGUAGGUGCUCUAUGUUAAAAUCCACAUGACAGGCAGGACCCAACGUCUCCCAGCAGAACAUUGCAUUUUAAAGACACGGUCAAUGUUAUUUACUUCACCUCUCAGUGGUUUUAAUGUUUCGGACGAUCAGUGUAUAUAUACUAUAUAUAUAUAUAACAUGUUGCGAGUAAUUCAUUUCAAACUGUUAUACUAUUAGCACUUUCUUAAAAGCCAUGUGUUUCUGAUUCCCAGACCUUUUGUGUUGUUUUGACUGUGAACGUUCUUAACCGAAAUUACAACUACUUAACACUUUUAAGAGUUACUGAAAGAUGCUACUCCUUUUGUGUUCACUUCAGGUACUCUCAUUCAAAUUCUGUUUCACUGAGCACAGUAGUCCUUUACAUUUGCAAAAAAAUUAGACUUAAAACCAAGAAUAAUUGUUUUUUGUUGUUGUUUUCUUUUACAAGUUUUGUCUUAAUAUGUUAAUAUCGAUGUACUGUUUAGUUAUUUUACUCCGUCUGGGUUGGUUGUGAAUAUGCGGUGUCGGCUCCUCAGGUUCUUAAUGGUUGGGGCUUCCUGAGAUGUGUGUUGUACAGAAAAGUGUGCACAAACAAAGCAAUAAUCACCUUCGUUGUAGCAUUGUGUGGGGUCCAUUCAGUGAAAUCUGGUUUAAUGAUAUUGUCUUUAGGGUUAAAUAAGACUCUAUGGAGAAACACUGGCAUUUCAUUUAAAUGAAAAGGGACAUAACUCCUCUCCUCACGUGUUUGCAUGCAUUGUUUUGGGUCUGUAUUUUCAUUGGCAGCUUAAGAACAAAACAUUUCAAUUGAAGUGUGUUUAAACUUGUGUUUUUUAGUUCAAAUCUCUUUAGAUUUAAUAGCGUUUUAAUUGGUCUGGACAUAAUUUCUCUCAAAGUCAGUAUUUAAAUAUUUUAAUUAUGACUGUAUUCAAAAUCACAACUUCUGCUCAGUGUAAAACAUUUUGGUAUGCAUAUCCAAUAGAGCUACUCCUUAUAUUAAUCACACUAAAUAAAGAGAUGUAACCGAAUUUUAGCUUUGUGAGCGGUGUAACAUUGAUGUCAUUUUUGUCUUAAAUUUACCGUUGAUGUUAAAAUGAGACCUAUGCUAUUUCUCUUACCAAAUGUACUAAUUCCGUGAUGAUUAUAUACAUACAUACAUAACAAUGUAUUUUAACAUUUUAACAUUUUAAAUAUAUUCACUCAAUUAAUAAUAACUCUUGUUGUCGGGUGCUUUGUUUUUGAUAUUUUUUGUUUAUUUAACCCUGAGACUUGUUCACAGAACAUAUUGCGUAUGAUAAAUGAAAAGUGCAUUCAUGUAACGUCUGCAAACGCCAAAAGAAAACUUGAAUAUAUUUCAAACCCAAAGGCAACACAGUGUGUGCAUAUCUCUACAAACAACUCGGUAUGACUGAGUACUACAGCUGAGGGAGUUUACAGCUACAACUAAACCACGGCAAAUGUCCAAAGUAGUGACAAGAUGAAAAAAGUGCUUAGGUACUAUAAUUCGUUGGGAAGCGUAUCACACAUAUUGAAAAAAUUUCAAAGGCAUUCUUGUAAAGUCACUGUAUCUCAUUUAACUCAAGAGAACCAGAAGACCCCUCUUUUUUUUACACCAUUAGUGACAAGUUAUUGACAAAUAGUGUUUUAUGGUAAAUGAGCCCAUUUAUAAAGCCUUGAAGUGAGCCGUGUUAAGAACAGCUUAACCUGCCUUAACCACUGACCCCUUGUCUGUCUGCUGAUUGGUUGCUGCGCCACCAACCAGAGGACUCCUAUACAUAGUUACAGUAGUUAAUCUACUUCUGGUUAGACCUACUAAUUGAGUGGUAAAAGGUAUGUACUCUAAGUAGCCGUCAUGAGUGACAUUUAAUCAAAAGAAAAACUAUCAUCACUUUGAGAUGUGAAAUUAAAA